AUGCUGGAUCUCAUCCGGUCAACACAGCUUCCGGCGAAACCGCAGUAUCCAGGGAUUGGGUCUUCCUUCGGGAUUGAUCUCGACGCUCUCAAAGCACUGAAGCAAGAAUGGCUUCAUGAUUUUGACUGGGAACGAGAACAAGCGUCUAUCAACAAAUUCCAUCAUUACGCAGUGACAAUUGAGGGUCUCCAAAUCCACUUCAUCCACGAAAAGUCCAAAGACCCAACCGCAAUACCAUUGCUUCUAUGCCAUGGCUGGCCCGGCUCGUUUCUAGAGUUUCUACCCAUCAUCAAAGAUCUGACCCAACAAGCAAGAACGUCCACCGGCAGAAAUGUCUCAUUUGACAUCAUCAUCCCUUCACUGCCCGGGUUUGCAUUCUCAUCAUCCCCGCCACAAAAUUGGACACUGGAUGACACAGCACGUGUGUACAACACGCUCAUGACGAAGGUCCUUGGCUAUGAAACCUACGCUGUCCACGGAACUGCUCAUGGCGUGGCUAUCUCGUUUACUUUGUACGAUGAGUUCAACACCACAGCAAGAGCUGCCCAUCUUGUGUUUAUGUUCUUUCAUCCUACUACCCCUGAGGAGAUUUCAGCGAGGAAUAUUUCUCUUUCGCCGCUGGAGCAAUUCGAAUUGCAAAGGUCGGUGGAAUGGGGUGUCAAUGGUAUGGGAUAUUUUGUUAUGCAGACAACCAAGGUUAGUAAGGUAACUUGCAUUAUUGGAUGA